UCAUUAAUCGCUAGACAAAAUACACAAUUACUUGACUAUUUACUCACAAUAGAGCAACAUGCUUGUCGUAUUAGCGAUUCCCCUAUAGGAAUCAAAGAUUUUCAUUACAAUUAUUCCUUCAAUUCUCUUGCUACAUUACUUACGCGUAAAGAAAAUUUAAUUGCAAUGAAACCCGAAUAUGUGAUUGGAAAGCAAAAUGGACCUGUUUUCAAUCCACACAAGGGUGCCUUCUCUGUUAAACCAAAACCAUUCACGGAUCUUUUACUUAUAAUUGUUGAUACUGCAAGAACUAUGCUUUUUUUUUGA